UGUCAGCGGGUGCUCACAUGCCUUGCAGCCCCAGCGCCUAAAGCUACCUUCUCCCCUAGCUCUGCCUCUUUCUCUCUCUCUCUCUCUUCCCCCCCGAGCUCUCAACUUUGCUUUGGGCGUUGGAUCUUCACUUCUAUAUUGCUUUUUUCUAAACCCCCACAAGCGCACAUUCGCAUUUCCCCACCGCUCUCUGUCAACGCAAACAAAAAGAGCUCCUCACGAAGUUUCCUCCCCAAGUCCCCCUGCACUGUUCUUCUUCUCUCCGCCAUUACAAAAGGAGAAAGAAGCCAUCUUUGAUUACCCUGCGUCCUGCUUCCCUCGGUGAACACGCCUCUCAAGAAGAUGAAGAAGAACGUGAACCUAACUGAAGGAAAGACCAGAAAAAGAAAAGCAUCAGAUGAAGCUCAAACUUUCCCCCAUCUUACCUUGGAUGAACUAAACGAUGACCUCCUUGAGAAGAUACUUUCAUGUCUCCCAGCUUCAAGUUUCUUCCGUCUUCGUUCAGUGUGCAAAAGAUGGAGCUCAGUUGCGGCCUCUACAACGUUUCGGAUUGCCUGCUCGCAGAUUCCUUUCAGAGAUCCCUGGUUCCUCAUGGUUGAUCAGGAUCUUGACCACUCUAUCAUCCUAGACAUCAGUGAAAGAAAUUGGAAGAAUCUCAAUAAGCCAAGGUGCGUCAACCAAAGCAACCAAGCUAGUUGGAUUGCCGUUGCAUCCUCUGGCGGUUUGGUCUGCUUUCGCAGCUCCACAGGGGAAUUAAUGGCAUGUAAUCCACUCACUGGUGCAUGCCGAGAAGUCCCCCCUGCUCACGAGACACAGCCCCUCCUUGCAAUUGCCAUGAGCUCAUCUCACAAGAAUUCAUCUUCAUACAGAAUUGUGCUUGUUGCAGGGGAACUCCCCAACUUAUGCUACAGAGUUUUUGACUCCGAGAAAAACAAGUGGGAGGGUGAGGUAUCGUUAUAUAGGAAGGCUGAAAGUUCACCAGAAACCGAGUUCGCAGGUGGUGAUACAGUAUACUUCCUCAACAAAUCUGGUGACGUUGUAGCUACAAACAUGCAAAGGAACCCAUCUAGGCAAUUCUUAGCUGUUAUGAGCAUCAAAGAUGGCGAGGAGAUUGCCUAUUUUCUUAGCCAUUCGGGCUCGGUUGUAGCUUGCAACAUCACUAGGAGGACCUUCCAUGAGUACCCCAGGCUGCUACCUGUCUGCUAUGAGUACUCCAUUGAUGUUGUUAUUUGCAAUAAGGAAAUGGCGGUGGUGGUGCUGUCGGAGUUCUUUGAGACAGCCAGUCUCCGGUUAUGGAGAUUCUCAGAGGUGGAGAGAGCAUGGAAACAGGUUGCUGCCAUGCCUCCGGCGAUGUCGCAUGAACUAUAUGGGAAGAAAGCUGACAUCAACUGUGUUGGCUGUGGGAAUAUGAUCUUUGUAUGUAUAAACUCCAAUGAUUUCAGCAGAUAUGUGAUCUAUAAUGUGGUGACUAAUGAAUGGUUAGAGCUGCCUAAAUGCAUUGUGGAUGGGAAGGCUAAGGAUUUCAUGUCUGUCUUCUCUUUUGAGCCAAGGUUGGAGGCUUUUGUAUGAGUAAGAAAUUGUUUUCAUUUAUUUAUUUGAUAAGUAAUGCUUGUUUUGCAGUUCAUGAUUUCUGUGUGAUUUGGAUCAUUUUAUGAUCUCUUCCUAUGCAGUCUUUAAGAGCAUAGAAAGAGCUUAAUGAGUAUAAUAUCUUUAGAACUUUAGAUGGUUUAAAACACACUCUAGCAAAAGUGAGCACUUGCUUUGGAGCCCUGAGGCAGCAAGGAUUCCACUAGGAAGAUGUAGCAAUUUAAAAGUCUUAAGCAGAAUCUAUAUUUGAAUUUGUCUGUAAGUGGGGGCUUCUUAGUUGAGGAGUGACUGGAUUCCAUUAAAAAGUUGUUCUUAAGCAUUCAUUUGAUAAUGUUAUAAUAGAAGCUGAUAUACUCGGUUGAUAUGGAAGCUUGCUUCUAGAUGGA